GGACAUGGAGACUCAGAUUGGAUCAGUGACUUGUUCUAGGCCACACAGAUGGACAGGGCCAGAGCCAAGACCCCACCAGGCCGUCCAUGACUUGGCUCCUCGGCGGCACUGGGCUUUGGCCUUGUGGGUUCUGCCUCCCGCUCCCAGAAGCGAGUUUAAAGGAUGCUCCUCCCCUUCCCGCCUGCCUUCCCGCCCUCUGGCUCCCAGGGAAGGGGAGGAGUUCUCCAGGCGCCGAUGACACCGUCGCCAAGGCAACACGGCCAUACUGGCCAACCGACCCAGGGGCCUGGGGCUUGCACGGCCGCGGCCUCGUGGGCAGAGCUGGCAGCAUGGACAGCCUCUUCGUGGAGGAGGUGGCCGCCUCCCUGGUCAGGGAGUUCCUCAGCAGAAAGGGCUUAAAGAAGACAUGUGUGACCAUGGACCAGGAGCGCCCACGCUCUGAUCUCAGCAUAAACAGCAGAAACAACCUCCGCAAGGUUUUACAUCUUGAAUUUCUCUACAAGGAGAACAAGGCAGGCAUGUUUGUGCAGUGCACAUACCGUGUAACUGAAUGCAGCACCCUUGUAUCGUUGUUAGCGAUUCCUUUGGGGAAUCUAUUUAAUGGAAAUAUCCCCCCCUUUUUUUUUUGCAGACAUGACAAUCUUGAUGGGGAUGUACUUGGUAAUUUUGUAUCAUCCAAAAGGCCCCCCCACAAAAGUAAGCCCUUGCAGACUGUCCCAGCCGAAAGCCUCCCUGUGGCCCCUGCGAGGGAGAAGACGGACAAGCUUCAGUCGUCAGAGCCGCCCCUGGACACGAAGAGGGUGGGAGAGAGGAUCAGGCCCAAGUCGGGCCUCAUUGUCCGAGGCAUGAUGGCUGGGCCCACCGCCAGCUCUCCACAGGAUUCCCUCCGAAGGCGCUCCCUGAGACGGCCACUUGCCUUGAGUAGCGUGACCCAGACCCACGAGGAGGAGGAGGAGGAGAGCCGGAAAGCCCCCGAGCUCUCCACCCGCACCCCAGCCUGUCCCGCCCCCCAGGAGGGCCUGGCCUCCAGCGCGGGCUCCACCGCCAGGAGCCCCCUGGGCCAGCUCAGUGAGCCCACCUCAGAGAAGCGCAGAUCCAUGCCCAGCAGCCCUGCUCACUUGCUGAGCCAAGCGCUGCUCCAGAGGGGAAGCGGCAGGUGGACGGAUCUUUCGGAGGACAGCCCAGCCGCGAACAGCGGCCCAGAGGCCGACGGGACGCCCUUGAAGUUCUUGCCGGGUGGGACUGCCAGGACGACCCAGGAGAGGCUGGAACGAGCAUUCAAAAGGCAGGGGAGCCUUCCCUUGCCCCUCAGGAAAAAUCAGCUGCCGGUGUCCAGCAAGGCCGAUGGUGACCUGGGUGCUCUGCAGCUCGAGGAUGUGGAGGAUGAGCUGAUAAGGGAAGAAGUCAUUCUCUCUCCAGCCCCAUCAAUGCCCAAACUGCAAAUAGUGUCAAAGCCCAUCGACCUCUCAGUGGCAAAGGGUGGUCCCUGUGGAGUUCUGGCAGCCGUCCAAGGCUGUGUCCUACAAAAACUCCUGUUUGAAGGAGACAGCAGAGAUGACUGCGCUCGGCAGCUGCAGCCUUCAAACACCCGCAGAACCCACUGCCUGGCCUUGGCCAUCUCGGACAUUGUGUGGCGAGCUGGGGGCCACGAGAGAGCUGUGGUCACACUGGCUUCGGGAACACAGCAGUUCAGUCCAACAGGAAAAUACAAAGCAGAUGGCGUCUUAGAAACAUUCGAGGUGGGCCCCUACGGAUGCAUCCUGCUCACCCUGUCGGCCAUCCUGUCGCGGUCCACGGAGCUCGUCCGCCAGGACUUCGACGUCCCCACCAGCCACCUGAUUGGAGCACACGGCUAUUGCACGCAGGAACUUGUCAACCUGCUCCUGACCGGGAGAGCCGUGUCGAAUGUUUUCAAUGACGUAGUGGAGCUGGAUUCUGGGAACGGGGACGUCACGCUCCUCAAAGGCAUCGCUGGCCGCAGCGACAUUGGCUUCCUGUCUCUCUUCGAGCAUUACAACGUGUGCCAGGUUGGCUGCUUCCUGAAGACCCCCAGGCUGCCCAUCUGGGUGGUGUGCAGCGAGAGCCACUUCAGCGUCCUCUUCAGCGUGCAGCCCGAGCUCCUGCGAGACUGGAGGGCCGAGAGGCUCUUCGACCUGUACUACUACGACGGCCUGGCCAACCAGCAGGAGCAGAUCCGGCUGACCAUCGACACCACCCAGACUGUCCCUGAGGACGGAGACAAUGACCUCAUCCCACCCCUCGAGCUCUGCAUCAGGACCAAGUGGAAGGGGGCGUCGGUGAACUGGAACGGCUCGGAACCCAUCCUCUGAGCUUUCCUGUGGGUAAGCCCUGUGGCUCCACCGCUCAUCACAGGAGUGACAGCUGGGCCCCAGGCCUCAGGGACAAGUCUCUCAAAAGGGUGUCACCCCCAUCUGGGCCAGCACUGCUGCAGAAGCAUCCAGAACCUCCCUGCCCCUUCCAUGAAGGGCCCGCCCAGGACUGUGCUGCUGUGUGGCUCCCUCCCAGCGGAGCUGUGACUGCCAAGGACAGGAAGGAGGCCAGCUGCUGGGGCCUGUGCUGCCUUUUGUCUGCAUCCCUCGCUUGCCCCCCGCUGUGCCGUCCCCUUGCCAAGCCUCUGAUACGGUCAGCCCAGGGACCCUGGGCACUCGGUAUUUCUGUUAAGAACCAACCCUAUCCUAGAGUUGAACGACCACGUCCUAGAGGUGAGUAGCUCCCUGAGGGCUGAGCCUGGGCUUGGCGCUCCAUCUCUGAGAAGCCUGUCCACUGAACGAGCACACCUCAGUGGACUGUGAGCCGCAAGCAGCCUUAUCCUUUCUUACUGCUCCUUAUCGGAUCCUCUCUUUCUCGCCACUGUUUGUUUCUUGGUCCUGGAUGAAAGAGCAAGUUGAGUGCACUACUUUUCUGGCAGUGUGAGCAGCAAGACCAGCCUGAUGGUAACAUUUAACGCCAUACUCUCAGCUACGGAAGGUUCUUAUGGGGGACCUCCCAUUGCUGGGGUCUCUCUCGAGUCCCAGACGAUUCAUCCUCCUGCAGCUCCUGGUGAAGUCCACCUCCCUCCUUCCCCUUUCAAGAAGACCCAAGCCUGCCUUUUGCACGAUCCGCAUUUGAGCCACGCAAAGCACCAAUACACCUUUGCCUCCCCAGCUCGGGAGGU